AUGAUCAAAACGGAAGAGCACAAGAAGAAGCGAGACGACCUGCAAGGCCUGCGCGGCUGUGCCAUCGGCGCCGUCCUUCUCUUUCACUUCUUCCCCGACCAUUUUCCCAAUGGCUAUGUCGGCGUCGACCAGUUCGCUCCCUUCAGAAUCCUCCAGAAUCCUCGUCGCUUUCAGAUUCUUCGUCCUCUCCGGCUUCCUGAUGUGCAUGUUGCUCCAGAAGUCGCAGACGAUGUCGCGACGCCAACUCGUCCUCAACUUCUACUGGCGACGUCUCAAGAGAAUCCUGCCGCUCUACCUUCUCUGUCUCCUUGGCAUCCUCCUCGCCUUGUACGUCUUCUUCCCGGAUUCUUCCGUCGACACGAAUCUUCGAGCCGCGCCUUGGGCUCUCUUCUUCGUCUCGAAUAGGCCGAAAUCCACGGAGGACGACUAUUUUCAGAUGGUUUGCUGGAGCUGAUCAAUUUGAUGAAGCUGUAUUUUCAGCUCCAAAUGGCCAUCGAUCUAUUCACUCACACCUGGUCUCUCUCCGUUGAGAUUCAGUUCUACCUCAUCGUUCCAUUUCUCUUUAUUUUGUCAAAACUACUGCCAGAAAGACAUCAGCCACUGUUCUACACCAUCAUUGGUAAUUCGAAUGAGCUAAUCUUCAUAAUUUCUCAUAAAGGAUCGGCCUCCUUUGGACUAAAUAUUUCCUCGAGUGAAAGUUUCGCAUUUAACAAUGUCUUUGCUAGAGUUUGGCAGUUCCUGAUAGGUGAGACCUUUGAAAAAUGAGAAUGAUUGAUCAAUUUCCAGGUAUGAAUGCCUAUUUAGCGUGUAGUUUCGAGCCGAAAUUGGGAAGGUAUUCUCAAAUCAGUCAGUGCGAAGAGAAUGAAAAGCUAAUCGUCGAAGAUGAAUCUGACGUAGCUGGUAUUAUAUCUUCUAAAAUUAUAAUUCUAUGGGUUUUUAGAACAAGGCAAAGAUGGGGAAGAGCCAAAAGAUGGACAAGAAUUGCCGAAAGUUGCUCAGAUUACAGCGAUUUUUCUCAUGUUUUUCGCGGCGUUUGCACCGACAAAGUUCAGCGAGUUAUACGUCAGGUGAAAUUGACUUUAUUACUUGUAUUCGUCAAAUGGUUGCUACAGUAUCCCCAGCGCUUCGAAAUUUUUGUUUUAGCGGAGAAAAAGUUCCUUUAAAGCCUAAGAAAUGCUGCUUUUUAGUCCGUUUCUGGUAUUUUUGUACUUUUUAAGUCGGAGUAUAACCUUCUGAAGUUGAUAUUUCCAGAUUCAACACAACCCUUCUAACGGGUCUUUUGAUUUGCGCGGCCGCGGAACACCCAAUUUUGUGCAGCCGACCUUUAAUCUACUUGGGCGACAUUUCCUAUGCUCUCUAUCUGAUUCAUUGGCCAAUUUGUGCUUAUUGUAAAUUGGUCCAUCCGGAUAGUACUUUCGGUAGGAAUUAAUCUGAUUUCAACCUUUAUUUGGCUUUUUUCAGCCAUUUUUAUCGGAUUUUUGGCUUCAAUUUUGGCUGCUAUUAUUGUUCGAGAGACUUUUGAAAAGUGAGAUGUCGUUAGAUCUUUUAUGACUUGGUAAUUUGUUCCCAGAUGGUACCUGAGGCUUAAAGGUACAGGUAUAAGCGCCUUAGUGAUAAUAUUCUAUACAGCCAACAUCCUACUGUAUUUUUACUUGAAAUCUUCGAGAAUACCAGCUUUUAUCGACAAAAAUUUGAUAGGGAACGAAACUUGGCUGAAUUUCGACUCGACCAACAUGACUUUUGGUGAAUUUUCUUCUUAUUCUACGAAAUUUCUUUGAUUUCAGACCAAAUCACUGAAAGAAACUAUAUAUUCUCGCAUUUUGACUAUCAGAAUUUAUACUUGAAGCAGUGCAACUAUACAAACGAGGAGAAGGGUCCACUUGGCUUGUGUAACUUUCAAGUAGGACAAAAAUUGAUUAAUGAAUCAACAUUCAAAAAAUUCAGGGUCUGAACGAGAAAGCCAAGUACAAAAUCGCCCUGUUUGGGAACAGUUGGGCGGCGAAUCACGCGAGGAUGUUCUACAAGGAAUGCUAUUCGAAAGCCAAGGAAAUGGCCAUGUUUAGUAGUUUCGGUAAGCCAAAAGUUGAAUCGAAAAUAAUAAAUUUGAGGUUGUGAACCACUUUAUCCGACCCUGGAACUCGGAAGGUGCUGGCAAAAUAUGAAAGAUUUCGACAAUGUUUUGAAAUCGGUUCAGCCUGAUUACGCUUUUCUGUUUGUCAGGUUCUUUCUUCACUCAAAAAUUGAUUUUCUGACAGGGGUCAAUAAAAAGAAAAUAAACUUGAAAAUUCCUUUAGUUUACAAAAUUUAGAAGUGGAGCUUAUUUCAGUGAAUUCCAUAACUUUUUUGGUUCAUUUUUCGAAUUGAUAAAUUUCCUUGAUUUAUCGAAAUUGGCUAACUUUCAAGCGCACGGCGUUUACAAACAGGGUGGGAAGACGUCAAAAAAAUUUUGGCGCGAAAUUUGAAAUCUCAAAUACGCAGCCAAAGGCGAUUGAACAAAAAAGUUAUUAACGUUGAAUACUCCGUGUAACGUAGAAUGACGUCAUUUUAUCCGAAGCGCGCACUUGCUUUUUUUUUAAAACUGCUCACCUUCCAUCACCCUAUGAGGAAUGUUGUGAGCGGUUUUUGAGAAUUAUGUAUUCUUUGAAAUGCAAAAUCUAAGCUGGAAAACGGCUCAAGCCUUAAUAGACGACUUUCUUUCACGCAAAAUUUAAAUUAUGGCCAUUUAACGACAUUUUUCGCUGGGCUCUUUUUCGAAAACUAAUUUUUCUAGCACCUUUCUAACCAAGUGAAGUGCAAAUCUUCCUCCAAAAGUAGAAUUAUUCUCUCGAAAUCGCUCCAAUCAACGAAAAAAUUUCAUUCCAGACACAUGGCAAUGAUGUCGAAACUCCUCGGACCGCUUCAGAACGACACGGUCUACUUGCAGGCCAGAAAGCGCUUGCUGAACUACCGGGACCGGGUCAAAAUCAAGCUUUUCGUCUUGGGACCUCUACCCGAGCCGCCCAAAUUGAGCGGAAUCGUCUACGCCAGUUUUAAAGUUGGCAAGUGGCCAAAUGAAGUUACUUUUGCUUCUGAAUCACUUGAAACUCAUCAACAAUUUUUCCAGACCCAGUUUUUCUCGGCGAAAUCUUUGCAAGGAUACGAGGAUGGUCUGAAACGGAUGGACCAGCUUUUGGAGGAUUGUGGGAACAAAUGUGAACUGAUUGAUUACGCGCCCUUGUUCCGAAAUGCCACAACCAGUGUAUUUCAAUACUUUGACCAGAAUGGAAUGCUCUAUUGGACCGACAAACUUCAUCUUUCCCCACAUGGUCUUUCUCUCGUUAGAGGUCUUUAUACUAAUAUUUGCAAGAACUUGUGA